GAGCAGCUGUAAAGAGCAGACGCGCGUCUCUUUUUUUCCCCACACAUUAUCAAAGUCAAAACAUGCCAAAGUAUCAAGGCAUACCCAAGCACCUUAUUGUGAAGUUUUUAGAAGCGGUGAAGAAACAUGAGUGCCUAUGGCGAAUGAAUACUGACGAUUGGAAGGAUUCUUUUAAGAAAGAAAUCGCGUACCUCGAUAUUAUACGCGAGGUUGGCAUGCCAAACCUGACUAUUCAAGAUGUGAAAUAUAACCUUGUGACUAGGAGAUCAGCGUAUCGAAAUUACCGUAAGCAGGUGUUGGAGUGUGCCAAGAGGAAAAUGCCUAAACCAAAAGUUCCAAUGUGGUAUGAUUUGGCUGAUUCAUUCCUAAGGAAUUCAUGUAUGUCCGUGCCCCUAAAACAGACGGUCAGCAGUCAAGAUAUUGUAGAACCUUUCGUGAUUAAAAAGCCAACAGCAACUUACGGAACCCCUAGACCAUCCAGCACCCCCCGGCCCCCUGCUGACGCACCUACUGAAACUAUCAGAUCCGAACCAGAAGAUGAGUUUGAUUUAUUUGGAAAAUCUGUAGCAGUUCAAUUGGACAAAAUGCCGUUUGAAACGGCGAUAACUUUGCAACUGAAGCUGCAAGCGUUAGUGACGAAACAUAGACUUACUAAUGCCAAGAAAGUUAGCGAUGCGAGGGAACCUGUUACUCAGUCCAGACCUAUCGACCACGUUUUCGAUAGCAUAGAUGCUCCAUCCACUUCUACAACAACCACCACGAUCAAUCGUACGUUUCCCAACGUUAACGUACAAGAGAGCACCUUUGACGAGUUCUUGGACAGUAUGGAAAUGUUUAUUAAAGAAGAAAAUGAUUUAUAAACAUAAUUCUACCUUAAGUUUUCAUUAUUAUGAUGAUUUGUUAAUGUUUUGGAGUAAUUGUGUAACCUGUUACCUACUUUGAAUUUGAUUAAAACUAGUAAGAUACGGCAAUAA